CUGUAGCGCUCUCUGAUUUCUCUUCUGCAGGGAUUUAUAUAUGUCUUUGCUGCAGACUUAGCAUUUGUACAGUCAUAUUUUUUUUGAGAGGCUGCUAGAUAUUUAUUCACUAAGAAACAAUUCAGGAUCAACUAAAGAGAGGAAAGCUCUGGCAUUCGAACAUAUACUCUUUUUGUAGGGUGAUGUGGCUGAUACUGGCUUCUACCAUCUGCUUUCCUAUUGCAGCCUGUUUCUCCAACCUGCAGAGCAGAAACCAGCCUUUCUUUCCUUCUGGAUUGUUAAAGCCAUUCACAUUUCUCCUUCAUGGCAAUGAAUCAUAGUCCGUUUUAAGGAAUCUUUUGUGCCGCUGUGUGUAUUCCUACAGCAGGAAAAGUGCAUGAGAAAGGAGCUUGAGCAGCGUAGUAUAGUAGCUGGCUCACCCGUAUGGAUUAGACUCGUGAGGACAAUAACGAUGGGGGCUCGAGCGACUGAAACAACUCGGGAACUGGAAAGCGCCUCUGCAAAGUAUCAAAUAGGAGGACAUGCAGAGAAAAUGUGGCAACGGCUCAAAGGAAUAUUAAGAUGCUUGGUAAAGCAGCUGGAGAAGGGUGACAUUAAUGUGGUGGAUUUAAAAAAGAAUAUUGAAUAUGCAGCAUCUGUUCUGGAAGCCGUUUAUAUUGAUGAAACCAGGAAACUUUUGGACACUGAGGAUGAACUCUCUGACAUCCAGUCGGAUUCGGUCCCGCUGGAAGUGCGGGACUGGUUAGCUUCUACAUUCACAAGAGAAAUGGGAAUAGCGAAGAGGAGAUCUGAAGAAAAGCCCAAAUUCCGAAGCAUUGUGCAUGCUGUACAGGCUGGGAUUUUUGUAGAAAGGAUGUAUCGAAGAACUUCAAGCAUGGUUGGUUUGGCAUACCCAUCAGAAGUGAUAGUCACAUUUAAGGAUGUUGAUAAAUGGUCUUUUGACGUAUUUACCCUAAAUGAAGCAAGUGGAGAGCACAGUCUGAAAUUUAUGAUGUAUGAGCUGUUUACCCGAUAUGACCUUUUGAGCCGUUUCAAGAUCCCUGUUCCCAAUCUUAUUUCAUUUGCUGAAGCUCUUGAGGUUGGUUACAGCAAAUACAAAAAUCCAUAUCACAAUUUGGUCCAUGCAGCUGACGUUACUCAAACUGUGCAUUACAUAAUGAUUCACACUGGUAUCAUGCACUGGCUCACAGAACUGGAAAUUUUAGCAAUGAUCUUUGCAGCUGCCGUCCAUGAUUAUGAACAUACUGGGACCACAAACAAUUUUCAUAUUCAGACAAGGUCAGAUGUUGCUAUAUUGUACAAUGAUCGUUCUGUUCUUGAAAAUCAUCAUGUAAGUGCUGCUUAUAGACUCAUGCAAGAAGAAGAGAUGAACAUCCUGGGUAAUUUAAACAAAGAUGACUGGAGGGAGUUGCGUAGCUUGGUCAUUGAGAUGGUCUUGUCUACAGAUAUGUCAGGUCACUUUCAACAAAUUAAAACGAUGCGACACACUCUACAGCAGACACAGGGGGUAGACAAAGCCAAAGCCAUGUCUUUGAUUCUACACGCAGCAGACAUAAGCCAUCCAGCAAAAUCCUGGGAACUGCACUACCGGUGGACCAUGGCCCUGAUGGAAGAAUUUUUUCGACAGGGAGACAAGGAAGCUGCUUUAGGUCUUCAGUUUUCCCCACUCUGUGACCGCAAGUCCACUUUGGUCGCUCAGUCCCAAAUAGGUUUCAUUGAUUUCAUUGUAGAACCAACAUUUUCUCUUCUUACGGACUCAAUGGAGAAAAUUGUUAUGCCUCUUAUAGAGGAAGCAUCAAAAUCUGAAAGUCCUGCAUUUGGGACCCCCAGUCAAAAUAGUUUGGGAGUAGUAAGCAAUGCUGAAGCACAAAGACGACCUGGUUUUAAAAGCACAGGUGAUGGAGGGACUCACGCAGAAAAUUCUCUAGCAACUGUAGACCUAAGGAGCUUUAAGGACAACUUGAUGAAGAUCAUUCAAGCAAACAAAGAAAGAUGGAAAGAAUUAGCAGCAGAAGAAGAACUUGUGAAAAAUGUUGAUGAACAGGAAAAAGACCAAAGCAGAAAUUCCACAGAUGCACAGUUACAGGAAGAGACAACAAGGAUACAAAAUGAGAGUAGUCAGGGAAGUGAUGGUACAACCUGUCCUCCCAGAUCCAUCGUCCUACAAGUAGUCUCUUUCGACACUUCUCUGAGUGAUGAAUCCAACUCAGAAAAAUGCACUAACUCUGAUCCGAACCAGAAAGAUCUCACCGAUGCCCAGCAAGAAACACAGAAUACAGACCCACUGAAUGGUGAACCUAAACACUGUAAGAAGCCAGAAGAUAUGGUAAAAGCCACGGAGCAGAAAGAAGCACUGAUACAAAACUAGAUUUUCUAUUUCUUAAAAGCUUCUGACAUUUCAGGCAGGACAGG